UCGUACACAGACACAGACGGGCGGAGCGAUCUGGGCCGAGUCUUGUUGUAACGCAGUUCGUCAUCUGCAAGGCAUAUGACGGAUUCUGCUUCAUAAACAACACACUGUCAUGAUCAAAGAUAUGAUCAAGAGCCUCACAUUUAUUUUAUCAGCUCUACAGGUCCAGCAUGCCUCUUGGCGACAUGAGGACACCCCUGCUGUCCAACUCAUUUGACGCCCCAGAGGAACCCCUGCCCUGUGACCCGGGAAACCCCACAGUGGGCAUCCUAGGCUCAGGUGAUUACUCCCGUUCCCUGGCUGUGCGAUUAGUUGCCUGUGGUUAUAGGGUAGUGGUCGGCAGCCGUAACCCAAAGCAUAUAGCCACCGGACAGUUUCCUGAUGGGGUUCAGCUUCUCACACAGAGGGAGGCGAUGGUUGGCACAGAGAAGGUUGUCUUUGCUGCUCUCUACCCUGAACACUACCACACCCUGGUGGGGUUGAGGGAUGUGCUGGCUGGGAAGGUGCUGGUGGAUGUGAGCAACGCCACCAAGCUUAACAAUGGAGAGCCGUCUAACGCUGAGAGGCUGGCAGAGCUGUUCCCAGAGAGCAGAGUGGUGAAGGGCUUCAAUGUGGUCUCAGCCUGGGCCCUGCAGACUGGAGCUCAUGAUGGCAGCAGGCAGGUCCUGAUCAGCAGUGACUGUCCUGAGGCCAAGAGAACUGUGAUCCAGCUGGCUCGCAGUAUGAGUUUCCUGGCCGUGGACAUGGGAGGCCUUGCUAGCUCUAGGCACGUUGAGGACGCCCCCCUGCGCCUCUUCCCAUCCUGGGGUGGCCCCCUAAUGGUCACUUUCCUCCUCAUCCUCUUCUUCUACGGCUACAACUUCCUGCGUGGCAUUCUCAUGCCCUACCUGUCCCGGGGGCAAAACAACUUCUACCAGCUACCCCUGGAGACGGUGAACGAGACGCUGCCAGCAGUGGCCCUGGUGAUCCUGGCGCUGGUCUACCUCCCGGGACUGUGGGCUGCCGCACUGCAGCUGGCCCGAGGAACCAAGUACAGCCGCUUCCCCGACUGGCUGGACCACUGGAUGGGGAGACGCAAACAGCUAGGCCUGCUGAGCUUCCUGUGUGCCGGGCUGCAUGCGGUCUACAGUAUGUGUCUGACCCUGCGCAAGGCUUCUCAAUACAGGCUGCUGGAUGCAGCGUACAGACAGGUGAAGGCGGGAGUGGAGCAUUCCUGGGAGGAGCCUCAGGUGUGGAGAUCGGACCUUUAUCUGUCCUCUGGCAUUCUGGGACUUGGUGUUCUGACUCUCCUGGCCAUCACAUCUCUACCCUCGGUGGGUAACGCUCUCAGUUGGAGAGAGUUCACUUUUGUACAGUCAGGGUUGGGGUACGCUGCCUUGACUCUCUCCAUCAUGCACACCCUCUUCUUCAGCUGGGACUUUGCUUUCUUCUCAUUUGCUUACCCUUACUACAUGCCCCCCACAUACCUGCUGGCACUGAUCCUGCCCUGUCUGGUCCUGGUGGGUCGGCUCUUCCUGGCGCUGCCCUGCCUGGCGUUCAGACUGGCAAAGAUACGUCGAGGCUGGGAGAGUCCAUGCCACCACCCUCCUCAGACCCAAGAGGACACAGCCAAUGGUGUGCUGCCCAGGGACUUGAGUGGUGAUGUGUGACGGUCCAAUCAAGUAGAGACUCAGUGCAAAUCCAUUUUCUAGCUCUGAUGAAAGGGAUAGUUCGUUGUACAUAUUUUGUCUGACACACACUAUGGCACUUUUUAAUGCCACUUAAUUUUAAAAUCAAAAUAAGAAACAAACUCAAGAAAAGUGUUACUAUUUUUCUAGAAACUGAAAUACUGAAAGGUUACCUCACAAGUCCAAUAUACAACUACCUUCUGUUAUGAUAAAUUAUGUACGCUCUUUGUUUAACUGGGUUAAGAAACAUGAACAGAAAUAUGUAUCAUUUUCACUGAGUAUCAUAGCAAGACAAUUCAUAUUUGACUAGACCUCUAAGCUUCUCUUGGGUUAAGUGAAGACAGAUGUGACCACUUUCUGGUCAAUUUCAGCAUGUUCAAAUCUCCAAACCCACUAUUCAACUAGAUUUACCAACCAGAAGUGCCUGAAUUGAGCCUCAACUGAGAAGCUGCACUUGACCCCGAAAUAGAAGAAGAAAAAUUGAGACAGAAGUCUGUAUAAGUGUAACGGAUGUGAAAUGGCUAGCUAGUUAGCAGGUACGCGCUAAUAGCGUUUCAAUCGGUUACAUCACUUGCUCUGAGACUUGAAGUAGGGUUUCCCCUUGUUCUGCAAGUGCCGUGGCUUUUGUGGAGCGAUGGGUAACGACGCUUCGGGGGUGUCAGUUGUGUGCAGAGGGUCCCUGGUUCGCGCCCGUGUCGGGGCGAGGGGACGGUCUAAAGUUAUACUGUUACAUAAGGACAUUGGAUUAGUGUUAGAGACCUAGUCAAUACAGUCCGUCUUUGCUGUUCAGCUGUGUGUUACAGCACUGUCGCUUCCAGACAGACAGUCUGUGUGCAGUGUUGUGGAAUAUCUUGAGUCAAAUAUUUGCACAGAUACCGGAACUUGUGAAUUCUUGUGAACUUGUGAAAACUUUAGUUUUUCCUGUCUUUACAUUGCACAUAGUCACUCCUUGUAUGUACAUGAACAACUCCUAUUGGCCUUAUAGUUCUCCCAUCUUUGCAUUACGUAUAGAAUCCCUUCCCUCUAUGCGAAAAUAACUCCUCUUGAUCUUUCUCCACCAUUAUCUUUCCAUCUCAGUUCUUACUUGUUAACACCCACAUCUGACAGCUGUAUAGGUUAUACAUUUUUUUUUUUACCGUUAUUUUACCAGGUAAGUUGACUGAGAACACGUUCUCAUUUGCAGCAACGACCUGGGGAAUAGUUACAGGGGAGAGGAGGGGGAAGAAUGAGCCAAUUGUAAACUGGGGAUUAUUAGGUGACCAUGAUGGUUUGAGGGCCAGAUUGGGAAUUUAAUGGUAUUCCCAAUGGUAGCAGGCCCUGUUCAUACAUGUUCCAUUCCUUAUAUAGCCACUCUGUCUUAGCACUUCAGUGGACAGUCUAAACACUGCCUGCUAAUAUUGGAGUCAUUAGUUUUGCUACUACAGCAGCUCCAGUCCUAACAGCAUUAUUAUGUAAGGAGACUGGACACAGUCACAAAACACACAACUACUGUCAACCUGGGAAAUGAACAAUUAACUGAAGGAAAGCGUCUUCAGCGCACACACACAUAAGGUGCAAUAUACACUCACCAGCCAGUUUAUUAGGUACACCACCCAGUUUAUGAAAAUGGAGACGGCAUUGAGGCAGUCACAGUUCGAUUGAAUGUUAAAACGAGUAACCUAAGCAACUGAGUGUGGUAUGAUCGUCUGGGCCAGGCGCGCUGGAUCCAAUAUCUCAAAAACAGCCUCACUCCUGGGAUUUUCACAUACGACAAUGUCUAGGGUUUACCGAGAAUGAUGCGACAAACCAAAAAUAUCCAGUCAGCGCAUUCCUGUGAGCGAAAACAGCUCAUUGAUGAGAGGUCGAAGGAAAAUGUCAAGAAUCGUGCACACUAACAGGCAGGCCAACAGUGGUGUGCAGAAAAGUAUCUCGGGAACGCACUCAUCGAUCUUUGUCCAUACUGGGUUCCACUCCUAUCAGCUAAAAAUAAGAAGAGGCUCCAUUGGGCACGCAAUCACCAACACUGUAAAAUUGAGGAGUGGAAAAACAUCACCUGGUCUGACAAAUCCCAGUUCCUGUUGAGUCAUGCUGAUGGCAGUCAGACUUUGGCAUAAAGCAGCAUGAGUCUAUGGACCCAUCUUGCCUGGUACAGUGUAUAGCUGUGAUAAAGGGCCUUUUUGUGAUUAAUUUGUGUGUAAUGCAGUACCUUAUUUACCUGUAAAAACUAGAAAGAGCAAAGCCAGUGGUUUCUCCUGGGAUAAGAGUACAUUUCUUUUUUCUAUUGAAUAUUAAAGCUUAUGUGCCAUAUUUGGACCCAUCUCAGCAAGGGGGAAAAUACUUCACUGUACUUAUGCAAUAAAGCUUUUUAGAUGCAUCUUUUCAAACCAGUGAUUUAAUUUGGAAUCAUGUUUGCAGUAAUAAGACAGGCCUUACAGGAAACUAAUAAGUACAAAGAAAAUCAAUGCACAACCAUAAUCAUAUUCAACACCACCAGAUAAAUGAUAAGUGCAUUUCAGUGGAGAUGUAUAUAAGAGGCAAAAACAUGUUUUAUAUAUAUGGCAUGUUAAAUUAAAAUACUCGAACUUAGGUCUGAAGGCACAUGUCACCCCCUCAAUCUUCCAUCCAUGUGUAUCCUCCAUGUCAGAUCAGAAUCCCCUCUUCCGUGGUGAAGUGUAAACACCCUUACCACCAGGCCGGUUGGGGGUUGGCUUUAAAGAGCUUAUAAUCCUCUUUCCUGAAGAAGGCCAAUUCUGUUUCAUUUGCUGAAACAAAAGAAACAGGAAUAAAAUAAGGCGCUUCACUUUGACAAUAUUUCAUUACCAGGAUGUUGCCUGAAUGCACAGUUCCAACUCAUAAAAUACAUGUAGUACACACAGUCUGAAUACUUAUUUACAUAAGUAAUCUUUUUUAUUUUUAAAACACUUGCAAAAAAAAUAAAAAGGGGUCUGAAUAA